GCGUGUGAACGUGUACGCACGCAUUUGUGCGUGCGCGCGAGCGUGUGUGUGUUAUCUGUGCGUGUGGCUAGUGCGGUCGGAUUUGUGGCUUGUGUUGUGUUGCAGUCAGUCUACUUUUCUCGUGUUUUAGCGUGCGAAGCGAUGGGAAUGUGCGAGCAAUGGCUGUGAAACACACCGGCCAAGCAUUGCUGGCCCUGUUGGGGCUGCUGGCUGUCGGGAAUGCUCUCCGCUGUAACUGCACGACGUGCGAAAAGACGGGCUAUGAAUGUGAGACGGAUGGCGCCUGCAUGGCCUCUACGUACAACAACAAGGGAGAGGAGCAACAUGUGCGCAUCUGCAUCAACAGGGAUGACCUGGUUCCGCCCGGGAAACCCUUUUUCUGUCUGAGCGCUGAGGGCCUACUCAACACUCACUGCUGCUACGUAGACUACUGCAACAGUAUUGACCUGAUAGUUCCCGUGCCCACGAAGGAAGACCUUUCAGGCUCAACUAGUUCCUGGGGUCCAGUGGAACUGGUGGCGGUCAUCGCGGGUCCUGUCUUUCUGCUCUGCGUGCUACUCAUGGUGGGCGUUUUCCUGUUCCAGUAUCAUCAGAGGGCCUACAGUCACAGGCAGAGGCUCGAGGUGGAGGACCCGUCCUGUGACCAUUUAUACUUGGCCAAGGACAAGACCUUGCAGGACCUCAUUUACGACAUGUCUACCUCUGGAUCAGGCUCUGGCCUGCCCCUGUUUGUGCAGCGGACUGUGGCCAGGACCAUCGUGCUGCAGGAAAUUAUAGGAAAGGGCCGCUUCGGCGAGGUCUGGCGAGGGAAGUGGCGCGGGGGCGACGUGGCGGUGAAGAUCUUCUCAUCAAGGGAGGAACGCUCCUGGUUUAGAGAAGCAGAGAUCUAUCAGACGAUAAUGCUUCGCCAUGAGAACAUACUGGGAUUCAUCGCAGCAGACAAUAAAGACAACGGCACGUGGACUCAGCUGUGGUUGGUGUCAGACUACCACGAGCACGGAUCCCUUUUUGACUACUUAAACCGCUACUCGGUCACCAUCGAGGGCAUGAUCAAGCUGGCGCUGUCGGCCGCUAGCGGUUUGGCACAUCUGCACAUGGAGAUCCUCGGUACUCAGGGCAAGCCCGGCAUCGCUCAUCGUGACCUCAAAUCCAAGAACAUCCUGGUGAAGAGAAACGGCAUGUGCGCUAUCGCUGACCUCGGCCUGGCCGUCCGCCACGAAUCCAUCACGGACACGAUCGAUAUUGCUCCGAACCAACGGGUGGGCACCAAACGGUACAUGGCUCCAGAAGUGUUGGACGAAACUAUCAACAUGAAGCACUUCGAUUCCUUCAAGUGUGCCGACAUCUACGCUCUGGGGCUGGUGUAUUGGGAGAUCGCGCGCCGCUGCAAUGCAGGAGGUAUCCAUGAGGAAUACCAGCUGCCCUACUAUGACCUGGUGCCCUCUGACCCCUCCAUAGAGGAGAUGAGGAAGGUGGUGUGUGACCAGAAGCUGCGACCCAACGUGCCCAACUGGUGGCAGAGCUACGAGUCACUGCGCGUGAUGGGUAAGAUCAUGCGAGAGUGCUGGUACGCCAACGGCGCGGCGCGGCUGACAGCGCUGCGCAUCAAGAAGACUCUGUCGCAGCUCAGCGUAGAGGAGGACAUCAAGAUGUGAACCCAGCCCUGCCAGUUUUCAAGCCAAGGCCUACCUCACCUUUUUAGCCAAAACUACUGAGACCCACCAAGCCCCUCUGUUGUCCCUCCCGAAUCCAGUCGCCAUGCGCCACAGCACUGCCACUGUUAAUAUCAUCUCACUCAAACUUUUUGUUUUCAUCUUCCACAUGGCAGGAACUACCAUUGUACAGUUUUUGUUUGUUUUUAAAGAAAGAAAUCACUCCAAAAUUGUCUCACGGCGUGAAUAUUGGAAGAAAGUGGAGGCCAGGUUUGUUGUCUACAAACGCAUCCUCUUGCCGUGUCACUCAAGAAAAUGAAAAAUGCGAGUGUAGUUUCCUUCGCGCAACCUGUAGGUGAUCAGCGGACUGUCAGGGAACAGUCUUUUAAUUUAUUUCUGACUUUUGACUUGAUGUGGACGAACACUGUGAGACAAACGGCGUGCGAGAUCAUCGGUGCACCGAGCAGAUGGGUGCUUCAAACCUUUUUAUUCUUUUUAAUAUAUAUAUUUUGUGUGUUUGUCAUGAAUUGUUUUCUUUUGUGACACUACUGAUGAUGGGUACCUUUUUUUUUUUUUUGUUCCGUUUUAAUUAACUCAUCUGUAAGUACCAAUGUGAAAAGUGAUGGUACUUUUUUUUUUUUUUAUUCCUCAACUAAAAUUUUGUUUGAAAUGAAUCUGCUGGAUUACUUUCAUUUUUCCAACCUCCUCCCUCUAUUUGUUGGUACUACUGAUCCCACGUGUUUGCGGGUUUCCUAUUUGAACCCAAACAACUUUCACUAACACUGGAAUAUUUUUGGGAGUGACUCUGACUUCUGGAACCAGUCUGAUUGCAAAGGUCAAGCAUGAUGUCAUGAGUAGUUCCUGGAACAACCGCCAAAGUCAAACUGCAUGUUUUGCAUUUGUUUAGUUCUAAUCAGGAAUCCGCGGAUUCAUGUUUGCGUUUCACGUUUGUCAUGCAUGCAGUCGCGGAGUCAAACACAGCAGGUGUAAAUUGUCCAAAAACUACAACCACCGUUUUUUUGUUGUUGUUGUUGCCAUUGAUACACAGCCAUUAGACAUCCAGACCAUGUAUAUUUCAAAAUAGAAAAAUCCAUGUCGUGCAUAUGUUUUCAGGAUUUAGUGUAUAUAGAUACUAUACAAUAAAUUCUUUUUCUUAA